CAUAUCAUAAUACACCAUUCCAUAUUCUUCUCAAACCAUCCAUUUACUAUUAUAAACUUGGGUCAAACCAAAUUUAUCAAUUUCCUCAACGUUACAAGUUUCUUCAUACCUUCACAUAAAUACACAUACAUCAAACUAAUUAUCAUUUCUCUCUCAGCUUGCUCUCUAAACAACGUGACCGAGAGCUUUGUUUAAGUUUAAGCAAGCUCAUAUGGCAUUUUCGUAUUCUUAUUUUGAUGUUAAUCGUCGAAGAAUUAAUUUUAUUACAACUUUGAUGAUGGUAUCGAGUUUGUCAGGUUUGAUUCCAAUUGGUAACGCGGAUGAUAAUGGUAAAGCGCUAGGAGCUUCCUUUAUAUUUGGAGACUCUUUGGUUGAUGCAGGAAAUAAUAACUACCUGAGCACAUUGUCUAAAGCUGAUACGACUCCAAAUGGUAUUGAUUUUAAGGCUUCUGGUGGUACUCCAACCGGGCGUUUUACUAACGGUAGAACCAUUGGAGAUAUUGUAGGAGAAAUGAUGGGCAUCCCAACUUAUGCUACUCCGUUUUUGGCCCCAAAUGCUACCGGAAAAGCCAUACUAUCUGGAGUUAACUAUGCCUCAGGUGGUGGUGGAAUUUUGAAUGCUACUGGAAGAAUUUUUGUAAAUAGGCUUGGAAUGGAUGUCCAAGUUGAUUAUUUCAACAUUACAAGAAAACAAAUUGACCAAUUGUUGGGAGCAUCCAGUGCAAGAGAUUACAUACAGAAAAAAUCAAUAUUCUCAGUUACAGUUGGAUCAAAUGAUUUCCUCAAUAAUUACUUGCUUCCGGUUAUUUCUAUUGGAGCCAGAAUUUCUCAAACUGCUGACUCCUUUACUGAUGACAUGAUUAAUCAUCUAAGAGACCAGCUUACAAGGUUAUAUAGGUUGGAUGGUAGGAAAUUUGUGGUGGCGAAUGUUGGACCGAUUGGGUGCAUUCCUUAUCAGAAGACAAUUAAUCAGUUGAACGAAAAUGAAUGUGUGGAUUUGGCUGAUAAGCUAGCACGUCAAUACAAUGCCAAAUUAAAGGAUCUUCUUGUUCAGUUGACAGAAACUCUUCCUGAAUCAACCUUUGUUUACGCGAAUGUCUAUGAUCUUGUCUUGGAACUUAUCACUAAUUACAAGAAAUAUGGGUUUAGCACAGCAAGCAGAGCAUGUUGUGGAAAUGGAGGGCAGUUCGCGGGGAUAAUUCCAUGUGGACCGAGCUCAAGUUUGUGUACUGACCGUGAUAAGCAUGUGUUUUGGGAUCCUUACCACCCAAGCGAGGCGGCUAAUGUAUUGUUAGCCAAACAACUACUUGAUGGAGACACCAAGUACAUUUCUCCCAUGAACCUUCGGCAACUUAGGAACCAUUGAUUGUGGAUGCUCCUAUGUUUUAUACAUGUACUUUUGUGUAUGUAUUAUUGCCUCUAGUUGAGUUUGUUUCCCCUUAUUCAUGUCAUAUAACAAAUGUUUUUGUAACUUUACCUUGAGAAAUUAGUAUACCUCAAAUGUAAUGUAAUUUUUUUUAA